AGAAGAAAUGAUGUGGAAGAGGAAGACGGAGGGGGAGAAGAAAAGAAAUAAUUUUUUUAGUUCUGAAACUGGAAUCCUAUUAUUUAAAAUUAAUUGUUAAAUUUUGUAUAAUUUUUUAUACGUAAUUAUUUUGAAUUGUUUUUUUAAAUUAAAAUCAAAUUAACGUAUACAAAUAUUUGUAACUGUCAUGUUAUCUUUCGGUUAACCUGUUAAUGGCUGGCGACAAAAAAUAGAGCUUGAGUGAUAAUUUUGCAUUUUUUUUUUAGUUAAGUGUUUUUUUUAAAGAAAAAAAGUAGUAAACAGAGUGUAGUUUAUUAUUAUUCACAUUUUCUUAUUGUUUUAAACUUAUUAUUUAUUUUAUAUUUACAUUAAUAUAUUUUAAACUGUAAAAAAAAAAAAUCUUUAUUCAUAAUCAGAUUCUUCACUGAGAGGCUACAAAAUCUUUCGAAGAUCCAACCAAUGUCAACUUCCCUCUAAUCUUUCUCUAUCCAAGUUAGGGGUUUUUUUCUUCACUUUUUUCUCUACGUUUUACAUUUUCCAAAAUCGUCCACUGAAAAAACCCACAGAAACUGUCAUUCUUUUAGGGUUUUGGGUGAAUUCAUUGUUAAAUUUUUUAUUUUGGUCCCGGAUCAAGCUCCAAUUGGGUUUUUUUAUGGUCGUCAUUUCCAGGGGUGGGAUUUUAGGUUGGACUUGUAAUAGCCAUUUGAGUUGUUGACUUUUGGGAAUUGAAUUUGUUGAUUUCUGAAGGUUUCGAUUGGGUUUUGUGGGUGUCACAUGUAGAGGAUUAUUGAAACUUGUAAUGGAUUUGUAAGAGCUUCUCAUUUGGAGAUUUUAGGGGUUUUUGUGUGGUAAUAGUUAGAAAAAAGAAGAUAUUUUUCUUGGGUUGGUUUUGAUUCGGUGGCUUCUAAUUAGUAUGCAUUAAGGGGCUCCUCUGCUCUUGGUUGUAAAGGAUCCCUAUUGAAAAAAAAGUUAAAUGAUUUUAAGUUACUAAUCUUGAUCAGUUGAGGUAAAAUUUGUUAAAUGCUUUAAAUUGCUUGAGUUUUAGUGAUUUCCUGGUGAGAAAAGAGGAGAAAAAAACCAAGUGGGGAACUGGUUGCAUUUGAGUUUCUGGUGGACACAUAAUUUGGUAUUUGUGUAAAUUGGGGAGGAAAUGUUUGCUUCUGCUCCAGAUAGUGGCAAUGGAAACAGUGGAGUUUCAAGGUCACUUUUGAUUCCAAUGCGCUUCGUUUGGCCUUAUGGGGGAAGUAGAGUGUUUCUCUGUGGCUCCUUUACGAGAUGGUCAGAGCAUAUACCUAUGUCUCCAAUGGAGGGUUGUCCCACUGUAUUUCAAGUUAUUUGUAGCUUGAGCCCUGGAUACCAUCAGUUUAAGUUUUUUGUUGAUAACGAAUGGCGGCAUGAUGAGCACCAGCCUUUUGUAAUUGGUGAUUAUGGUGUGGUUAACACUAUCUUUAUAGCUAGGGAACCAGAUAUGCUUCCUCCAAGUUUUAGUCCUGAGACGCCAGGUAGGUCCAAUAUGGACCUGGAUGAUGUUUCUAGUCAAAUGGAAGCGGCUCCAACAAUAUCCAAUGCAGAUUUGGAGGUCUCUCGUCAUCGUAUAGCUGCUUUCUUGUCAAGACACACGGCAUAUGAGUUGCUUCCUGAGUCAGGCAAGGUCGUUGCCUUGGAUGUUGAUAUUGCUGUGAAGCAAGCAUUCCAUAUUCUGCAUGAACAGGGAAUUCCCGUGGCUCCUCUCUGGGAUUCUUGCAAGGCCCAGUUUGUUGGAGUCCUUAGUGCUCUGGACUUUAUUCUUAUCUUAAGAGAGUUGGGGAAUCUUGGUUCGGAUUUGACAGAAGAAGAAUUGGAGACGCACACGAUAUCAGCUUGGAAGGAGGGAAAGGUGCAUAUUAGCAGACAGAUGGAUGGCAAUGCCAGAUCAUAUCCUAGACGUCUUGUUUGUGCUGGGCCGCAUGAUUCUUUGAAGGAUGUUGCUUUGAAGAUUUUGAACGGUAAUGUAGCUACGGUUCCCAUCACUCACUCUUCGUCACCAGAUGGUUUGUUUCCGCAGCUUCUACACCUUGCCACCUUGUCUGAAAUCCUAAAAUGUAUUUGCAGACAUUUUAAACAUUCUUCUAGCUCCUUGCCCAUUCUUCAACAACCAAUUUGUUCAAUUCCCUUGGGUACUCGGGUACCAAAAAUCGGGGAAUCAAAUCGUCGGCCAUUGGCAAUGCUGCGACCAAAUGCCUCUCUUGGUGCUGCUCUGUCAUUGUUUGUGCAAGCCGAGGUAAGUUCGAUACCAAUAGUGGAUGAGAAUAACGCGUUGAUUGAUAUAUAUUCAAGAAGUGAUAUAACCACUUUGGCAAAGGAUAAAGCUUACGCACAGGUUCGUCUCGAAGACAUGAGUAUUCAUCAGGCCUUGCAGUUGGAGCAAGAUGCAAACUCUUUCAAUGGACAAAGAUGUCAAAUGUGUCUACAAUCAGAUACUUUGCACAAAGUGAUGGAGCGGUUGGCAAAUCCAGGGACUAGGAGACUCGUGAUUGUGGAGGCUGGCAGCAAGCGAGUUGAAGGAAUUAUUUCAUUAAGUGAUAUCUUUAGGUUCUUGCUUGGUGUUUAGCUCAUAAAGGUUGAGCCUUAAGUAAUUCCAUUUGAGCACUUUAAUGUGGCGGCAUUGAGGAAGAUCUAUUAAUUUCAUCGAGUCCUGUUUCUAUCAGCUCCACGCGACCCCUCGUCCCAUGGUGAAUGAUCUUUGUGACUCUUGGUUGUUUUGAUUGACGGGGCUUCGUAACUGCAACCCCCAAUCCGUUUUUAGGAUAGAAAAUUUCAAUGAGCAAGAAAAGAAUCUGUAAAUUGUGAAUUCAAUUUUCCCCACCUUCAUUUCAAUAAUCAACUCAACCAUAUUGCUGUUGUAGCAUCAUUGUCUGUGACUAUGCUAACAGGGAAAAGGAAAGGGUGUAACUGUAGCAGCCGGACUUGGAAGAGUGCAUUUCUGGGUUCAUAAUCCACACAGUCCCUGACAUUAUGUAGUGCAUUUCCCGGUUCAAGAUCGGCACAGCCCUAAAGCUCGAGUCUCAACCUGUGAUAUUAGGUUAGUUGGACUUGAAAGAGUGCAUUUCCAGCUCAAGGUCCGCGCAGGCUUAAAGUCUAGUCUUCUCCGGUGAGACAGGGUAGUUUUUAGGCUGGCUGGACUUGGAAGAGUGCAUUUUCGGGUUCAAGAUCCACAUAGGCAUAGAGCUCAAGUCUUGGCCUGGGACACUAGAUUGUUUUUAGUCUGGCUGGCCUUGGAAGAGUGCAAUUUCGGGUUCAAGAUCCACAGGUUUAAGGCUUGAAACUCUGCCUGGGGCACAGGACAGUGUAGUUUUUUUUAGUUUCUGAUCCUCUCUUUGGUUGGUUCUAGUCUUUCCCAGAUAUUAUAUAGGUAAUGCCAUAUAUUUGUGAAGCUAAUGUGGUUAUUAUUAAAAUAUAUAAAAUAUAAAUAUUUUCUUUUACAUACACAUAUAUAAGUGUAAAAUCAAAUUAAAAUUUAUUAAUAUGAUACAUCCGUUUGGGGUGA